UUUACCUGCUCUCGGCGCACACAAUUCACUUCCACGAACUCAGUCUGCCUUCCCACAUCACCUAACAACCAAGACAAAAGAGAUGACGAAUUCAGCCAUCAAGUGCAUCAUCGCAGCCACCCUGGCCUUCGCCGCUCCGUCAGCAGCAGCGUCGAGAAAUGGGAGCGGGCUGGACCUGUUGCAUAACGUCGGCGGGAAGAACCAGCGCGUCGCCAAGCAAGACAUCUGGUUGGAGGAGCGGUCCGCGGGGCGGCUGCAGAACACCCGCCAAGGACACUUAGCCCCGUCGAUAUUCUUCGACCAGUGGCAGGGGUACUACAGCGCGGAAGUCGCUGCGUUUUCCUGCUGACAAGAAAGCCAGGAGAGAGAGAGACGCCGUGUUGUCAACCGUAAACUAUUUAUGUAGAAGCACGGGACGUGUGUGUGAUUGGCUGUUGAAGGAAGGCCGCGCUCCAUCACUUUCCUCACACCGAUCUACAUCGCAUACGUGCCGCUGCUGUACGAGGGAGACGAUGGGAACUCGUUCUAUCGUCAUGGGUGUGGCGAGCGGAGGGGGAGGGAGGUUUGUGUGUUGUUGAGGGAUUGAUUGGGUGGCGGAGAGUUGUUGCGUGUGUGUGUGUUUUUAUUAUUAGCAUCGACCGCGCUAACCGGCUGACCAAUGAAAAGACGUCAGUCUUAGUGCGGUUGAAAACACAAAACACUUCUAUCUACCAUGAACUGGGACCCCGUGAGGGGGCAGUGCGUAUGUCGCCGUUGUGGAAUGGAACACAUGUCAAGCAGAAACAGCCGCCAAUAGCGACACUCCGACGGCGGUGUUCAGUUUCGGGCAAUGCGGGACCUCUCCCAUGAUGUUUUUUUUUAGAUGGGUGCGCUAGUGACGAACUUCCGCAAGUCCAUGCUGUAGUAGUACAAAAAUAGUGAAACAAGAAAGCUAGUUGUCGACUUGUGUUUGUAGGAGUGUUGGUCUGUUCUGUGUGAGAGAGAUACGUUGUGCAGGAUUUUCGUAGUGUAAAUAGAUAUGUGGUUUUAAGUUCGUUCCGGAGAGGCAGAUGCUGCUACGGGCCUCGAGCUGAGUGAGAUGUGUGUAUUUGGUGCUUCAUUCUACUCCCGUUCUCCGUGAAAGCAGCGGGAAGAAUUGUGAUUGGUUGGUGCCGCGGGAGAGCAGAGGCAGUGCUGCGAGGUGCGUCGAAACGGCGGCGGUAUUCGAGGCAAUGUUGAGAGGUUCGUCCAAUUGGCAAAAAUCGAGCCCCACCUAGUCCCGAAUCGAUGAACGCGGGGUCUGGAGCUCCGGCGAAAGCACGCCAGACUUACGGCACGAGUGGUUUUUGAGAUGGUCGGUGGACGUGUACAUGGAUUGUCGAAAGACUCGACAGAAUGUGCCUGGGUCCCAAAGAUGUAUAUGUGUCCCAUUGUUGGAAGAAAGAAAAGAACAUAGCCACGUAUAGCUGCGGCGUUUUCAUCGUGCGGCACAUUCCAUGUAUGUUACUGGCAAGGGGAUACCUGGGUCAAGCUUUCGUGGUGUGUCUCUUCUUGUGCAAUGGGAGAGGGAGGUGUGUGACCUGACCACUGGUGUAGUAUUCUUUUCGUGGGUGUUGCUUUCAAGCCUGCAGGGACCCUUGAUGACUAAAUGUGUUUCGUGUGGCGUGGUUCUGUUGUGCCAACAUGACGUGCUGCGGACUUGCCUGCUCUAGUCUAGUCUGUACCUGCUGGUAGUGGUGCACUCUCAUGUAUCGCCACGUUGGCAACAUAGCAGUGGUCCCGGUAUGAUGCCGGUGCUAUCCAGCCGAUUUCACCGCCAUUAUUAAGUUUAUGAAACAACUUGAAAUUCCAUCUGCGCCAGACGAUAGGGGGGAGUUUCGGAAUUAUGUGUGGUUUUGCCCAGACUCUGUUGCUGAUCAAAUAAAUAUCAAAUAUCUGAGCCUUCUGAACAGGAACAAUCGCCUCAACGAGAUAAAAAUGAGGUUGGUGAGAGGUUUUAAUACGAGCCGUGGGUGAAAAGUGGGGCAGCCUCAGACAAAUAAACCGUGACCGGCUACAGAUUCCAAAGAUCUUGAAAAAAUAAAAAUCUGACCACUUUUGAGCUUUUUGUCUGACCCAAAAAUAUCUAUCCGGCAUUAUGCCCGGGAAACCGGCGUUACCGUGACCACAACUGCACCGCGAAGCAGUGCGUGACGCUGCGCCGGGUGGUUCGAUUAAUGGUUCAUGGCCCAUUACCGCGGCCACAGCAAUACGCCACAUCCACAAGGGAAAGGGCGGCCGUGCUAAUGUACGUUGUGGUUGGGGAAACACGGUACUGCUUAAAGUCUAAUGCUUUAUUUUGGUAGGUGAAGGGUGAUUAAAAUUCGGGUUGCUGUGCCGAGUAUGCCCUCUCCUCUACCGUCGAAGCAUCAAGCACAGCACUUGUUUUUUUGACGGGCACACAAAACUCCCCCUUAACAGCCAAAAAACUAACCGGAGGCUCCAUCUGCUGCACCGACCGCAAGACUCACAUGACACAUGCUCGCUUCUUUGUGCGGAUCAACUACAACCAUCAACCGUAGCGGCCACAAAGCAUCCGACCCUAACCUAUCCUCUGGUCGUACCCUCUGCUCGUAGGUAAAGUAGCCCAUAAAGCCUUCGCCCUAGCCUCUUGUCGUCGCCAGACUUAAAAGCCUUGCACUUUAAGUGCCUCUACCGCACUCCUCCUCAAAAGAUCAUGUCACCAUGUGAAUACGUACGCGGCUACCCCAAACAACAAAAACCGACACGAGGUUGCUCGGUACGGUGCGGUGCGGUACGGAAAAGGUUCGUCAUACCGGCAUGAAAACUGUCCACCAAUCACCGUUCGUUUAGCGUUUUCCACGUUCUAAACAAUGUAUUGUACAAAACCAAAAACAUUACACGUUGUCGCUGUCGGGCAGGGCCCGUGAGCGCAAGCUCUUCCGACGAACACAUCACGACACACGCGUUGCGGCCCAUGAACGCAUCCAACCAAUCAGCAUCUUGCAGGCCCACUCUUUUUCCGCCAAUCGUUGUUUUCCGGGUCAGACACAUUAACACAAGCGAAAUCACGUGCCAUGGUACGUCAAAUCCUAGCCUUCCCCGAUGAUUGCGAUAAACCGGGCUCGCUCCCCUUUGCCAAACGCUCAUCAACGAAACAAGUGCUGUAACUUAGCCAUUAUUGCUCCUACUGUAUGCGACUUUCGACAACAACGUCCUCUGUUCGACAACCCAACAGCACAAAAAUGCAAUCCACCACGAACGUACCCCC